AUGGUCUCCAAAGUUGCAGUAGUGACUGGAUCAAACCAAGGUAUAGGAUUCGGAAUCGUUGAGGAAUUAUGCAGACGAAAUGUCGAGAUUGUAUACUUAACGUCUAGAGACGAAGAACGCGGAAGAAAAGCUGUUAAGUCCUUGGAAGAUUCUGGUUUUUAUCCAAAAUUCCAUCAGCUCGAUGUCACUGAUGAAACUAGCGUAAAGGUAUUCGCUGAUUUCAUAAAGGAAAAGCAUGGUGGCGUGGAUAUUCUUAUCAACAAUGCAGGUUUCCUCGAUCCUGACUUCUAUAAGACCACGUACGAAGAUGCAAAGAAAGUAAUCGAUGUUAACUUCUAUGGUAUUGUUCUAAUCCAGAAAUAUUUCUUCCCAAUUCUCAGAGAUGACGCCAGGGUGGUAAACGUAUCAAGUGCUUGGGGGCAUAUCACUAACAUAAAGAAUACUUACUGGAUCCAACGCUUGAUCAAGGAUGAUUUAACCUAUGAUGAUGUACAUGCAUUUAUUAAGUGGUUUUUAGAUUCCGUAAAAGAUGGAACGUUAAAGGGAGAGGAUUUUAUUGAUAAUUCUGUCGUGGCAUAUAGGAUCUCGAAAGUGGCUAUAUCAGCUUUAACAAAGGUUCAGCAAAAAGAAGUAGGUAGGGGAAUUUCUAUUAAUCAUUUGAAUCCAGGAUUUGUUAGAACAAAUAUGACAAGAGGCGGUGGCGAUAUGACGAUAGAUGAAGCAGGAUUGACUCCAGCUUAUCUCGCUCUAGAUAUAGACCAGUCAGUUAAAGGCAAAUACUUUUGGUUUGAUAAAACUGAAGUGGACUGGGCUGAUUUCAAUUUAAACAUAAUUGAUACCUUCGAGGUAUUUGAAAAAGCAUUAGAUGAAGCGAAAAAGAAUUAA